CUUUCUCGUGCCUCACCCCUCGUGAUUUCCAUACGUAGUUACGAAUCAAUCCCUCUUCAAUUCCCAUCGAAAGAAUCCAGAAUUCUCGUGGCUUUUCACAACUAUUCCAAAAGAAUCACUACUUACUUCCCAGCUUCCAAUCGCACAGUCCUCCCAAGAUCCAAUAAGGUUAACUAACCUUCCCAACCCAACCCAACCUAUCAAAUAAAACCCCUCAAAGGUAUCGUAGAAAGGAAGGAACAAUAGCCGGACCCUCACCCUCCAACCACAAAACUCAAUUCGAGCUUCCUAUUCCAUCCAAGAAACAUCGACCAUCUAUAUAUAAAACCUGCACUAUGAUGGAACGGCAAGUUGCUUCCCUGUUCAUCGUAUUUCCCCGCGGCGAGGCGUGCUAGGGUAGCUCUCGUGCUUGGGGGAGUUAAAAAGGUCCCUGUUGCUAUUGUGUGUUUUGGAGGAAAUUCACUUCGGUUUCUGUCAUCAUUUCUUGAUUGUCGUGUGUUUACGUGUUUCGAUAUAUAUCUUCAUUCACUGUUGUUUUGAUCAAGUGAUUGACUUACGAGUUAAACAAAUAAGGUUGGAUUCUUUGAGAUCGAUUGAUUGAAAAGUUAUCCUCAUAAACAAAUCUAUUACAAGAUAACGAAAAGAACUAUCGAAAGAACUAUCGAAAUCUCUGUACAACAGGAUCAUCAUCAAAAUGAAGUUCUCAACCGCUUUCUCCAUCGCAGGAACUUUCAUCGCUGUAUCUGCACAGAACUUCGGUGCUGAACCUGCUUGCGCUGUCACCUGUCUCCAAAGCGCCAUCUCCGUCGCCGGCUGCGGAGCCAACGACCAAGCCUGCCAAUGCGGCACCGCACAAGCCGCCAUCCAAACCGCCGUAACCCCCUGUCUCAUCUCCGCCUGCAACGUCGACGAACUCGCUUCUGCCGCUAGCGUCGGCUUUGCUCUAUGCUCAGCAUUCAGCGCUUCUGCCACCGCAGUCACGGGAAGCGUUACCACCCAAGCCAUUACAUCUGAGAAUCCCGGAGGUCUCGCAAGCUCAACAACUGCAGAUGUAAGCGCGACAGGAAGUGCAUUGAGCUCCAGCAAUCCAGGCGGUGUUGUGAGCAUUCUUACCAACACCAGCGUAUCGUCUACUGCAAGCGCAACCGGUACUGCACUGACAUCGUCGAAUCCCGGAGGAGCAAUCAGUUCAGCUAUUUCUUCGGCAUCGAGCUCAGUCAGUUCAGUUAUUUCUUCGGCGUCCAGCUCGGCAACUGCAUCUGCAUCUUCAUCUACAAGUUCACCCGCUGCGGUUACAACAAACGCGGCGCCUACUAUGGGUGUUCAGAUGGUGGGAGGAUUGAUGGGAGCGGUUUUGGGUGUCGUUGCUGUCUUGUAAGGGCUGGAAGGUUUAUGUCGAAUAAAAAGAAGAUUAAUUUGUGGGGAUGGAAGAAUUGGACAGAUCGGAUAUGAAACUUUGCUACAAUGUGAUGAAAUGGGGUGGUCAUAUUUCAGGGUGCUAAUAAUUGAAACCAAUGAAUGAAUGGAUUAAUUUUUUGAUGAAAUCUUUCGAUACUUGAUGGAAACGAUUAUAGGUUUUGUGCAGCUUGAAUACGUAGGAAAUCCAUGCCAUUAAACGCACAACACGAAGUUGAUCCCAAGACUUAUUCUUUCAGCAGUUUACUUGAAUUCGCACUUCACAUCAUGUCACAUAGAUACAAUCACAAU